GAUGCCUUGACCCUGCAGGAGCCUUAUAAUGCCACAAGCUCUCACCUCAUGAAAGAACAAUCUCUCUCUCUCCUCUGUUUUUUUCUCUCUCUUCAAUCUUCUCAUACUUCACGUAACUCUCUGUUUCUCUCUGUUUCUCUCUGCCACAGCUAUGGCGGACGGAGCAGUUUACGCGCCACCUUCCUCCGACGUGCUUGAUUCCCUCAUAAUUCCCGGCGAGUUCAUCGGAGAAACCAACGAAGACGAAUUACUCGACGGACUAUGGCGGAAAGCUUCAAAAAAACGGCGGCUUUCGGUGGAUCAAGUUCAAUUUCUUGAGAAAAGCUUCGAAGUGGAAAACAAACUAGAACCAGAGAGAAAAACCCAAUUAGCUAAAGAAUUGGGUCUUCAGCCAAGACAAGUAGCGAUCUGGUUCCAAAACAGACGAGCUCGUUGCAAAACAAAGCAGCUAGAAAAGGAUUACUUGUCACUCAAAACCAGCUAUGAUAAUCUCAAAUCCAGCUACGAAGAUCUUGUUCGUGAAAAGGAAGAACUUGAAACAGAGAUUCGGAAUUUGGAAGAGAGAUUAGCGAAUGGAGAGAAAGGGAAUCGAAUUGAUUGUUGUUGGGAGAAUCAGAACUCAUCAAUGGCGGAUUCUUCACAUGGGUUUGAAACAGAGCUGUCGGAUUGUUUCUCGCAGGUUGAAGAAGAGAAUUUAAGUGGGGAUUUGUUGCCGAUUUGUUUCCCCAAAUUGGAAAGCUGUUAUUAUGAUGAUGAUUUAACAGAUGGUUGUUGUAAUUUAGUUGGAUUCCAGAUCGAAGAUCAAGCCUUGGGUUUCUGGCCUUGUUGAGACAAUUUUAUCUGGAAUUACUCUGUUUUUCAAUUAUGGUUAAAUAUAGGUAUUUUAAAGCUAAUAAACUUAAAUCAUGGGGGGGUUUU